GGGGAGGCAGCUUAAUGUAGGACUAGCUGUUAGUGAUUUUGUCCGUGUGUUUAAACCGCAUGUCCGUGAUGUGUGGAGCAGGGGUGUAACUAGCUAGUUAACAAAAUAAGAUAACAAUUAGCCUACCUUGCUGAAAAAGCUCGUGACUGUAAUUUACUAGGCAAUGAAGCUUACGUUAACGUUAGUUAUUUUAUAUAACUUGCAAUAAUUUGCUCUUUAAGUGCAUUCCUAAAAUAAUUCCAUUGUAAAGUGUACUUUUGAUGAAGUAACUAGCUGCAAGACUUACAGAAUACCCUUUUAGCUUUGCGUGGAUGCUGUUUUUACUUGUAAUCUCUGAUCAAGCUUCCUUACAUAGACUCUGUUACCACUGCAAGUCGCAUCACUGCUAUGUCCAGUUGUUAUUCACGGUAACAAUCGGUAUUUGAUGUUAAAAGCGUUUUCUAAGGGCUCUUGUGAGUUUUUUACACCCGUUUCUUAAAACAUCACUCAAGAGCUAAGCGCACGUCCAUUUGCACGUCAGCUGUCCAUGGUGCUGAAGGGGAUGACGAUGAAUGCAUCUAACGUCUAUGAGCUACGACUGGCCCCGAUCAGAGGAUGUAUCCGCCUUCCAGAAAGGACUUCAUCUCUCUGACGCUCAAUGAUCCGCACAGUCACACUUACAACAACGGCAAACACCGGAGACAGUCCUGCUGGAGGAAAUGGAAGCAGCUGUCUCGGCUCCAGCGAAGCCUCAUCCUGUUCCUGCUGGCUCUGCUGCUCAUAUUUGGACUGCUCUCCUAUCCCAGCAUGACAGAGCAGUGGAGAGGGUUGUCUGACAGGGAGGACUGGCUGGAGCUGAAUGACAGAGACGUGAAGGAUAUUCCUCCCGAGGUGAAGUCUGUAUUGGAUCAAGCUGAAACCAAAGCUCCUCCUCCUGUGGCAGGGCCACAUAUGGGGCCAGCUGUGGAUCCAGAUGCGGGUGCAGAUGCUGUGGUGGGGCCCAGAGCACCAAAUGUUCCCAUUUUGGCUAAACCUCCCAUUAAGAAUAAGACAUUCCCAAACAAGAGAGGUCCACCGAGCCUGCCGAAAGAUGGAAAUAUUUCAGACACAGUCGGUAGGAAAAAGCAAGUGCAAGAGGUGGUUCAAGAUGAAGAAGGAGAAGAGGUGGACAAAGAAAAGAAGAUCGUCAGCUGGAGAGGAGCACUGAUCGAAGCUGACCAGGCCACAGAGCCUCCACCCUCGAACAAUGAGAAAGAAGCUGCGGCGCCCCCAGCCCCAGCCAACCCAGAUGACCCUGUCCCACCAGAAGUUUCAACAGGAACUGUGGACAGACUGGAGGCGGUGCGUGAUGCCUUCAGACAUGCGUGGAAAGGCUAUAAGGAGUACGCCUGGGGUCACGAUGAGCUCAAGCCCAUCUCCAGGUCUUUUGGCGAGUGGUUCGGACUGGGUUUGACGCUCAUUGAUUCUUUGGACACCAUGUGGAUUUUGGGCCUAAAAGAAGAGUUUGCAGAAGCAAAGGACUGGGUAGAGAAAGAGCUCUCCUUCGACAAGAACGUGGACGUGAAUCUUUUUGAGACAACCAUCCGUAUCCUUGGGGGCCUGCUGAGUACCUACCAUCUAACAGGAGACCAACUCUUCCUAGAGAAAGCUAAAGAUCUCGGGUCCAGGUUAAUGCCUGCCUUCAAAACUCCCUCAAAGAUCCCGUUCUCAGACGUUAACAUCGGGAAGGGAAUAGCCCACCCCCCCCGAUGGACGUCAGACAGCACGCUGGCCGAGGUCACGAGCAUUCAGUUGGAAUUCAGAGAGCUGAGCCGCCUCACCCAGGAGCCCCAGUACCAGGAGGCUGUGAAUGAGGUAAUGAGGCUGGUCCACAAGCUGCCAGGCAAACAGGACGGCCUGGUGCCCAUGUUCAUCAACACCAACAGCGGCCAGUUCACGCACAAAGGAGUCUUCACGCUUGGUGCCAGGGCGGACAGCUACUACGAAUACCUGCUCAAACAGUGGAUCCAGGGAGGCAAGACGGAAGACGACCUGUUGGAGGACUACCUUCAAGCUGUGGAAGGAGUGAAAAAACACCUUGUGAGACAGACGGGGCCCAGCAGAUUGACCUUUGUUGGAGAGUUGUCCCACAGCCGCUUCAACCCUAAAAUGGACCACCUUGUGUGCUUCCUGCCAGGAACCUUGGCGCUGGGGGCCCACAACGGCCUCCCGGGGGACCACAUGGAUCUGGCUGUGCAGCUGAUGGAGACGUGUCACCAGAUGUACCAACAGAUGGAGACUGGGCUGAGCCCAGAGAUCGUCCACUUCAGCAUACAGGCCAGUGAUGGGCCCAACCUUAUUGUCAAGCCUGCAGACAGACACAACCUGCUGAGACCAGAAACGGUAGAAAGUCUGUUCUACAUGUACAGAUUCACUAAGGACCCCAAGUACAGAGACUGGGGAUGGGACAUACUGCUUAGCUUCAAUAACUACACUAAGGUCCCCGGCGGUGGCUACACGUCCAUUAACAACGUCCGCGACCCCGUAAACCCCGGGCCCCGGGACAAGAUGGAGAGUUUCUUCCUGGGUGAGACGCUAAAGUACUUGUAUCUGCUCUUCUCUGACGACAUGGAGCUGCUCAGUCUAGACAAGUAUGUCUUUAACACCGAGGCCCACGCUCUCCCCAUAUGGCCCUCCCCACCCAAGUGAUGUCACCAUACAGGAGAAGUCGGUAAAGAUCAGGCCCACUGGGUCCUGUAUGAGUCAAACACUGUUGUUGCCGCUCAGUCAGGCAAUUCCCUUAAGCAACCGUCCAGGCUGGACUGCUGCAAAGCAGACCUGUGCCGUCCACCUGUACUUUGAUACAUUUCCAUGUGGAAGAGUUUAUUUUUAUUAAUUUUUUUCUUCAUUUUUCCUAAGGAAAAGGUUUGUAUUAGAGCUGGUCUCUAAUGUAAAACACUUUUUUUUUUUUUUUUUUAAUUAGCUCUGACUAGCUGGCUCCAACAGGAGACAAGAAGGGAAAUGGUGGGAGUACUUUAUUACUUUGGCGACUGGGAUAGUUCUUGUAUGUACGUAUGGGGUCACAACAAUCAUGUCAUGCCUGAGUUUCUUUUUUUUCUUUCUUUGUCAGGUGCAAAUCCUCACUAGUCCUACAUAGUCAGGUGUCAUGGCUGUGAAGGAGUCUACAAAUGAAUUGUGUUAAACAGAUUGCUCUAGUGGAGGAGUCCCAUAUUAUUUGUAUAAGUCUUUACUCUGGCAACUCCCAGUGCACUUGCUCAUGUACAAAAAUGGUAUACAAGGAGUUAAGAGGAGUUGUGCUUUUUUUUUUUUAAAUCCCUUUUGUGAUGUCCAUCCCCUGUAUUGUCCCAUCCUAAGUGUUUAGGAAUCAGUGGGCAGCUACAGUGCAGUGUCCAUGGACCACUUUCACUUCUGAGGCCUGUGCCUUGCUGAAAAGCAAAUGCAGCGUUUUCCUAAUACCUACUGUGUAUGUCUUUAAUUAAAUAAAGACCUUCGUAAAGUAUUAGGGCGGUUAUGGCUAGUAAGAUUGCCAUAACCCAGGAGUUACACACAAAUGAAAUUAUUUAAAACCUUAUUGGUGAUGUAUAAUGCAUCUGAGCCUGGCUCACCAUAUCAAAGCACUUUUUUUGUAGCUUUCAACUACACUGACUAUAAUGGUUAUUGUCACCAAGAUGGGACAGUUGAAGAACUGUAAAGGCCCCAAAAUGCACUGCAACGUGUAUUCCUCAUUGGGCACCACUUUAGCAGUGAUUCUGCAGAUACUGAGGGGUUAAAUGUUAAAUAUGGUGAAGCUCACUGCACAGUCACACCUCUUUGUGUUUUUAAGGGACAUUUGGUUCUUGUUGUUUACUGAUCUUUUCAUUUCGGGUGGCAGUGAGAGGGUAGUCAAUGGGUUUAACCCUUGGGAUAUGUCAUGUUUAUAGGACCUAACAAUUUGAAAGUGAAAGUAUAUCGAGGUCUUUUGAAUGAAUCAGGGCAGUACACCUAAUGCCAUCUUGCUUUAAUAAUGAAUGUCUACUUUUAUUUUAUUUCUUUCAGUUUUACAUUUGGUCAUCUAAUUCUGGUUUUGAUUAAAUAUGGGAUUGUAUUCACAAUUGUUUCACAUUAUAUGAAGGGGAAUUAAUUAUGGCUUCCGUGCAGUCUUAAAUUUGCAGUUGCUGUGAAGUUAGAUGAAGAAAAAAAACAAAAAAAACAACUCAGUACAUUACCAUUUCCUGUGUCAGGGACAUUAUGCAUGCAGCCGUUCAUUCAUCCUCUAUUCACAGACGACUUGUUUAAGAAAUUGAGUUUGUUGAAUAGUUUUCUUCAUACUUGAAGGAGUUUGAUUAAUGCCGUGUAGCAAUCCCACUGACUUCCUCUCAAAUGUGACGUAGAGCAGUGUGGGAGGAGCGCUUGUUUUCUGUACGGUAACUGGGACAAAUCCAUUUGAAAGACACAUCUGGUGUGCUGUAAGAGCGGCUUUGAAGAUGGCUGAACCCACACUCUGUUAUUUCAUGACUUUCAAUUCUUCAGUCCGAAAAGGAUCCACGUCGUGGAUCAUUCUUUUCCGCGGUUUGAAACGGAAUAUUCGCGCUUUGACCAUCUCCUUUUGUUAAUGAACUUCAGUCUAACAGAGAGCCAUAUACUGACCACUGUCAUUGAAUGUGCAUUACAUUUCCCAAUGCUCUGCUGUGCCUAUUGAAAUGUAUAUUGUGCUACGGUGGUUUGGUUCUGUUUCUUUAUUGCUGCUGUAUCAGUGGUGUUUAUUUGUGAAGUGCUACAAGGGAACGUUUGGUUCAUGGCUUGUAUUUUUACUCUGGAUGGGUGGGUGAGAAAACAACAUGGGUGUAAAUAUUUUGUGUAAAUUGUUUCUUACCUGUGUACUGAAUCCAACCUGUGCAUCCAUUGAUUUAUCAAGCCCUUUCUGGACUUGGCAUUCUGUGUCAUCAUGUCAAAACAUUUCUGUUUUUAAGCAGGUCAUUUUUUUAAUGUCUACUUAACGCAAUCCAUCCAAAAAUCAAUGCCAGUUAAACAUUCAUGGAGACUAAUGUCUGAUAAUGAGUACUUUUCAGAGGUUUUUGCUUUCUCUUUGGCGCAGGGGGAAAAUUAAAUACCCUUAAUAUAUUAAGAAACAUAUAUAUAUAUAUUUAAAAAGGCUUACCUAAUGUGAGAGAACAUCUGAACUUGAAAUUCAUGGAAAUGAUCAUGGUUAAUUAAAUCAGUUAGAAUUUCUGUUGCAUAUAAAAUAAUUAAAUGAGAGAUGUAUGACUUAUUUUUAUUUUCUAUUAUCCUCGAGUGUUAAUGCGGCCACAUUCAAACCAGACUUUAAAUGUAAAGGAAGAAAACUGUCAUGAGGUCCUUUCAUCAUCCGCGCAGAUCGUUUGUGUGACUUUACAGAAAAACAACUGUGGGUACUUUUUCAAAUAUUAUGUUGCCAUGUAAAAUUGCCAGCGUGUUUACGGAGUGAAGUCCAUGUCUGAAAGCGGCUACUGUUGCUUUGUUGGAAAUGCAAAAACUAAAACCAUCACCAGGUCACAUGCGUGGGGGAAGAAGCCAAACUGAAUCUCUCAGUGGAAAUCCGCCAUACCUCUUAACCAAAUUCGAAUUUGGUUUGAUAAGUGUAAUGUUCUCAAAAUAAUGUAUACAUACGUAACUAAAUCUGCCUUCCACACUUUAAAGGAUACAGCUAGCGUUAUUCUAGAUUUUCUUAUUGUCGAUAAAGACCAAAACCAACUUCAUGUUAGACUCAAUACUUUGACUUCCUCAGCCUGUUUCAGGCACUCGGCCCCAAGAUGUAAAUCUUCAAAAAUGUAAAAUAAAAGUUUAGUUCAUUUUUAAAAGACUCAGUAAUUUCCUAAAACAGCUGGGCGCUUUAGUUUUUAUCAAAUGUUACUUAAACAGGGAGACAUAGCAAAUUUGUUAGGGACUAUUUUCAAUGGUGGAUUAACACAAAUGUUCUCUAGUUAGUAUUUACAUGUGUGUGUGUGUGUGUGUGUGUGUGUGUGUGUGUGUGUGUGUGUGUGUGUGUGCGUGCGCGCGCGCGCCUUCAUGGUAGUAAAGGAACAUGUCACCCAUUGAAGCGGUGCGCCUCACUGAUGUGUUUUUAACAGUUUUUCUAUAUUUGUAUUCUAAACGCAUCAUAAACCUGAGAGUUGUGCUACGUUCUGGAUCCACAGAGGGAUCUGGGAUCGGUCAAGUCAGAACACAAAAAUCAUCAGAUAAAAGACUCCACUAAAAUGUUAAAACGAAUACUGCUAUAGACGUGAAAAAGCAGUGCAUGGCAGGGUCUUCACGUUGAUAAAACUCUGCUCCCUCUGUGUAAUUGUCGCUGUUAUCUUUGGCAGAACUCAGCCUUUAUGUCAGAUAUUCAUGAUCCCGAUUUUGUGUUAAGCGACUGAUGGUAACAGAAAAGAGAACAGACCAGAAAUGACUCAUUUAGCUCCACAAUGAGCUCCUACAGAGAAGCUAUUUGAAGUCGCUCUGCUUUGUCAUUUCAUAUUCUCAUUAUUUCCACGACUGAUUCCUCCACAUUAAGGAAAUUGGGCAGUCUAGUCUGUUUUUUUUUUUAUUAUAUAUAUAUAUAUAUAUAUAUAUAUAUAUAUAUAUAAAAUUGUGAAAUUGAUUCUUGAGGUUUUAUUGCAAUCUUAAGGUUUUGUGAAACAAAUGAAUAUGUAGGGUUGAUGUACAGUAAGAAGCAUUUUGUCCUCUUCAACUCUCUUAUAUCAGCUGAAUGGCUGAAUCUUUCACUUGUGAUGAUGAUGAUAAUUAAUAUUAAUGUGAAUAAUAUUGAAUCCAAGCCAUAGCAAAAAUGACAACUCUUCUAUUUGAAAUGUAUGUGGGUGACAAAACAUCAGCGUAGUUCAUCAGUUUAUUGCCCGCAGAGGUUGCUGCUCCAGCGCCUGUGACCCUGUGUCAGGGGCCGAAGACAUGGAUCAAUAUUGUUUUUGCUGAUUAAUUGAGCCGUGCUAAGAAAGAAAACACAUCUUGACACCGUAAUCACUUCUCUCCACGAUGACAGAGCCAGUUGGCCUGAAAGUCGAUCACUUUCCUGAAUACUCUGAAGGCAUGCUGACAUGCAAAGUAUUUAUUUUAAUUUUGGCAAUUAUUCAUUUUCCACUUUUCUAUACAAACUUUAUGACUUUAUUUUCAGAGCUGGUACAGUUUUAGCAGCUUGAGUAUUGUUUGCACUUUUAAUGCUUUGUCUGCAAAGGUUUGUCUUUAUCUGUCAUUUAUGAAAUCCCUGUUCACUGUACAGAAGACUGAUUGAUUGAUUGAUUGAUUGAGCACUUUGUAACUCAAGUUGUGGCUUAUUGCAAUGUUCACCAAAUGCAAACUUUUUUUCCUGCCAACUCAACUUUUGAAUAAAUCUUUUCAGUGAAAGUUU